UCAUUUUUCAGAUCAGUCUCAGUACCAGCUUACAAAAAAGCCAGCAUGGAGCAAAAGCUAGGCAAGAGUUACAGAGACUCCAAGACACUUCAAAGGGACCAACAAACUGCAGAACCUAUUUGUAGUCUCAUCCAGACGCAGACUGGAUCUGAUGUUGACCUGGACGUGUCCCCGAGGCGACAACAACAUCCACAACAACAGGCAACAAAUGCAGCAGUGUCAACUACAGUGCUGGGAGACGUGAACGUCGCCAUUGGCUCUGGAGGUGGAACCAUGUCUUCAGAAGCCACGGACUGGAAAAUAGAAUCAACUCGGGAAGUAUUUGUACAGACUGACAGUUUCCAAAAGGUGGAGUCGAAGCUGAUUGAACAUGGACAUUUGACUAUCACGGGCGCCUCAGGAGAAGGAAAGACAAGCAUGGCUCUGAUGCUUGGUGAUAAGUACAAGAAGAAAGGCUUUAAAUUGGUAUUUGUUGACAAUAUUGACAAGUUUGAUCUUGCUGCCUGCGUCAAAGAUGGACAACCACUGUUCAUUGUUUUUGAUGAUUUGUUUGGAACCGGUUCAUCUGCAGAGAUUUCAAACUUUAGAAAGGUUCUGACAUCACUGGACGAAUUCAUCAAACACUUGACUCGGUCGUCUGAAACGAAAAAGAUGACACGACAGCAAAUGAAGACAGGGCAAGGUCACAUACUAGGACUAGGAGGUGUUAGACCAGAUCAUGACAUGCUUCCACAAGUAAAGGUGAAACAACAUUUAAACCUAUACAUUGUGUUUACGAGUAAAUCAUACAACUUUCAAGAAGUAGUACCUCGGCUAGGAGGACAACAGUUUACUUUCUUCAAGCCACAGACUGUUGUUGAUGUGACUAGAACGCCUCUUUAUCAAUAUUCUGUGGCCGAAAAGAAGGCAAUAUUUAGAAAGCACCAACAGAGUAAGGGACAUGACAAACAGGUUGACCUAGACCAAAUAUGCAGCUCCAAAGAUAGCUUGUUUGGCUUUCCUAUGACAUGUUCCCUGUAUGCUAGAUUGCUUGACUACCAAAGUGAUCCUCUUCAAUUUUUCCUUAAUCUUCUGACCUACUUGCGGCAAGAAAUAGAUUUGAUCAUGGGAUACAAAGGAACGAAAUCAGCGGCCCUCAUCCUCAUGGUCCUGUAUAAUGAAAAGCUCGAUCUGAGAAAGAGACACAACAGCAUUUUCUCAUCCAUCCAUUCUUGA